AUGUCAAAUAGUCCUCAUAUUGAGAUUACAACACUAAAAGAUAAAUUUAUCUCUGCCUCUAGCACCACAACCAUUGGGAAUUCUUCAAAAAUAGAGACAGAAAAUGAUGUUAAUAAACAAGUAGUCGACCCAUCAAUUAGCCAUCUAUUAAGUCCAGAAGUUUCUCAACAAAAUAAUCAACUUUCUAAUAAUCUACAAUAUAAUCGCCAAAAAAAUGGUGGCAAUAUAGCACCAAACAAAAAUAAAUCGAAAAGAAAGCCUGCUGGAAUUCCUAUCAAACAAACAGUAAAUAAUAACAAUGUAUCGCCUGCUAAUCCAAAUGACUCUGUACCACCUCUUUUGGGUGUCUCUAAUGAUCAAAACCAGGCAAUCAAAUUGAACCUCUCACCUACUUUAGGCAAUGAAUUUAUGGACUUUACUGAUGAUGAUGACGUCGAGAAAGUUAACAAAAAGUCAAACAAAAGUGCCCUUAGAGAAUCUAAUAGAUCAACAGUCUUAAAAGUUACAGAGGGGAAAAAAGCUCAAAAAAAAGAAAAAGAAACAACAUCAAGAAAAAUCAAAAAUAUGUUUAUGUUCAAGAAAAUGCCAUCAAAGAAAAAGGAUGAUGACUCUAUACAUCACACAUUAACUUCACUUUCAACUGCUUCAUUAUCAACCACAAAAAGAAGUUCCACAUCAUUUUCUAACACGUCAGUUCAUCCGACAGUGGAAAAUCUUGAAGUUGAUGAAAGGUCGAUUGAUGUCACCUUCUACUUGAAUAAAAAAUCUGUUGAUAGAAAUAAUAGCAGAAUAUCAUCCGUUUGUGAUAAGAAACUACGCUUACGCUUACGCGUUCUAAUAUAUGCUGAUGAUUUGCCAGCUCAUUUACGAUUUAAAAGUCCCCCUUCAACACCACCUCCGUCACAAAUACCAAGAAAAUCCAAGUCAGUGCCAAAACAUCUUAUUGAAAAAACUGGCAGAAGACGCUCACAUGAAAAUGGAAAACCAAGGGAAAAACAUUUAAUUGUUGAUGGUUUGGCAACUGUAUAUGAUGUUAUAUCGAAAUCUAUGAGAAAGUUUGGCAUUAUUGAUGGUGUUGUUGAUGAUGGUGAAUAUAUAGGACGCAAUGAUAUUGAUGAAGUACCACGUUAUAAACUAAUGCUUAGUUCAGAAGGAAAUGAAAAACUAUUGCAUCCUAAAACAGAAAUCCUGUCUGUUUAUCCAACACCUCCGAAUCUUAUACGUUUAUCAGUUGAUUCAUUAGAUUCCAAUUCUUCACUUGUACAAAAUUAUCUUCCGGAUGAACCUACAUUUGUUCUACGUCUAUCAAAACCUGAAAAUUGUAGAAAUCUUCAACGUGAAUACAGCAGAUCCAAGCAAAAAUCCAUUAUAUCAUCACAUAAAAAUUCUGAAAAAGGUGUUGAUAUUGUUACAAGUGAUGGUGCAAUUAGAAGUUCAAGGAUUUUUGAUGAGUCAAAAGUGCGUUAUUCAUUUAUUUUAACUGACGGAGAAGAAAUGGAUAUCAGUGAUAUUAUUGAAGAUGUUAUGGGUUUUGGCAAAAAGAAUCUUAAUAGAAGGAGUACUACUCAAGAUGUAGAUGUUUUGGUAAAGAUUGCAGAUGGUGCCCAAAAUAAUGAUAAUAAUAACAUAUCAUGUCAGUCAUUAAAUAAGAUUGACCUUGUGAUUGAAAAAGUAAAACCGACAAUAAAUCAAACCAUAGAGUCAGAAAAUAAGGAUAUAAUUGUUGAUUUGGUGCAUAAAGCUAAAACACCAUCAAAAAUAAGUAGAUCAUCUUCAAUUUCAUCGGCUAAUGAUUUUGGUUUGGAAGAAUUGUUGAUGCUUGCUAGAGGUGUUAACAAGUUGGAAUUAAAAGGACGUAGAAAAAGUGAUUGGUAUUUUAAUGAAGACCCCCAUAAAGUAUUGGAUCAACUUAAAUCAAUUGAAAUAAAAGAUAAAAUUAAAGAUAUUUUCGCUGAUAUUACUCAAGAACUUGAUAAAAUGGAUCAGGAUCUUGAUAAAUUACUAGCUGAUACAAUAAGAAUUUUUUGA